AUGCUGCCGUUGUCCUUGACUCGCCAGGCUGAUCCGCCAGCGGUCGGCGAACGAGGCACGGAAGAGGAGUUAGUGCCACGCAGAGUGGUAACGCUUCACCUGCAACCCGCACCAGCGGAGCACGGAGGGCGUCUGAGGCGUCGUGUUUCAUGGGUGAGGGACGUACGGGAACAUACUAACCAGCGCGUAAGUAAAAGUUGCUGCGUCUUUCAUAAGAAGAAACUUUUCGGGGAGAGCAGCAGCAGUGACGAGAGCAGCAGCAGUGACGAGAGCAGCAGCAGCGGCAGCAGCAGCGCGUGUGCUGACGGCGGUGAAAGGCGAGGCGACGUUCAUCCUCACGACUUUCACGAGGGCGAGGAUGGAGAUCAUUCCGCCUGCAGGCACAGCGAUGAUGGCCAGCACCACCGCCGCCGCCGCCACCACCACCGGAAGCAUCCUCCCUGCACAAAGGAGCAUUGCUACUGCGGGACACGGUUUCAUUAA